AUGAACAUCGCUGACUCAAUGUCAUUAUAUUUCAAUUUUGGGAACGGCUAUCACUUCGUUCUUAGGAAGGCUAAAGAAUAUCACGAGAAAGCACUUGCUAUCGCAACAGAAUUUGGCGACAGGGGAGGAGAAAGAGUAUGCUACGGGAACCUUGGAAAUGUGUUUCUAUCUCUCGGUGAAUAUCAGAAGGCUAAAGAAUAUCAUGAGAAUGCACUUGCUAUCGAAACAGAAAUUGGCGCCAGGGAAGGAGAAGGGACAUGCUACGGGAACCUUGGAUGUGUGUUUGAAUCACUCGGUGAAUAUCAGAAGGCUAAAGAAUAUCACGAGAAAGCACUUGCUAUCGCAACAGAAAUUGGCGCCAGGGAAAGAGAAAAGACGUGCUACGGGAACCUUGGAGAUUUGUUUCUAUCUCUCGGUGAAUAUCAGAAGGCUAAAGAAUAUUGCGAGAAAGCAAUUGUUAUCGCAACACAAAUUGGCGACAGGAAAGGAGAAGGAACACAGUACGGAAACCUUGGAUGUGUGUUUGUAUCACUCGGUGAAUAUCAGAAGGCUGAAGAAUAUCACGAGAAAGCACUUGUUAUCGCAACACAAAUUGGCGACAGGAAAGGAGAAGGAACACAGUACGGGAACCUGGGAGCUCUGUUUGAUUCACUCGGUGAAUAUCAGAAGGCUAAAGAAUGUUACGAGAAAGCACUUGCUAUCGUAACAGAAAUUGGCGACAGGAAAGGAGAAGGGAGAUGCUGCGUGAACCUUGGAGGUGUGUUUCUAUCACUUCGUAAAAAUAAGGCGGCUAAGGAACAUUUUGACAAAGCCCUUACCAUCAGUACAGAAACUGGCGAAAGAAAGUGUGAAGGAUGGUGCUACGCAGGCCUUGCAGAUCUGUUUUAUUCGUUUCAUGACUAUCAGAAGGCUACAGAACUAUACGAAAAACUGCUAACUAUCAGCAUAAACGUUGGUGAUAAGAGCGGACAGGGAUUGAGUUACCUAAGACUUGGACAUGUUUCUCUAUCGCUUGGAAAUUAUGACCAAUCGGAGAAAUUCUUUGACAAAGCGCGCUCGAUGAGCAGCAAAAUUGGAGACAAUAUGAUUUACUUUGAGAGCCUCCUCGGUAUUACUCGAGUAAAGAUGUCGCAAUCAAAGUUAGAGGAUGCAAUGCAGUAUCUUCGUCAAA